AGUAACUGACAAAUUGACACCAAUCCAUGAUAGAAUUUUCGCUUGUCGUUCCGGUAGUGCAGCAGACACACAAGCGAUCGCAGAUAUCGUCCGUUUGUAUUCAGAGAUGUACUCUGUAAAUUUUGGAGAAGAUCCAACAAUUCGGACUGCAGCAGCUUUAUUCCACGAUAUAUGUUAUCAGAAUAAAAAUGCUUUGUCAGCUGGUAUUAUUGUUGCAGGAUGGGACAAAUACGAAGGCGGUUCAGUAUAUUGUAUUCCUUUAGGAGGAUCUUUGCAUAAACAACCAUUUGCGACUGCUGGAAGUGGCUCAACGUAUGUAUACGGUUAUUGUGAUAAAAAUUUCAGAGAGAAUAUGACUCAACAAGAAGCUGUAGACUUUGUCAAAAAUGGUAUCGCAUUAUCGAUUUCAAGAGACGGAUCUUCAGGUGGAUGUAUUCGAAUAGCCACUGUUACUGAGGCAGGUGUAGAUAAAAUAUUUAUUCCUGGUGACCAAAUACCUACAUUUUGGAACAAAUCUUAA